CGCGGCGGCAGCAGCAGCCGCGGCGGCCGCUGAGCGGCUGCACGCUGGGGCCGCGUACCGCGAAGUGCAGAAGCUGAUGCACCACGAGUGGCUGGGCGCGGGCGCGGGCCACCCCGUGGGCCUAGCGCACCCCCAGUGGCUACCCACGGGAGGAGGUGGUGGCGGCGACUGGGCCGGAGGCCCGCACCUGGAACAUGGCAAGGCGGGCGGCGGUGGUACCGGCCGAGACGACGGCGGCGGCGGCGGUUUCCAUGCACGCCUGGUGCACCAGGGGGCGGCCCACGCAGGUGCAGCGUGGGCACAGGGUGGCACGGCGCACCACUUGGGCCCGGCCAUGUCGCCGUCGCCGGGAGCUGGCGGGGGCCACCAGCCCCAGCCACUCGGGCUCUACGCUCAGGCGGCCUACCCUGGGGGUGGCGGCGGCGGCCUGGCGGGGAUGCUGGCGGCGGGCGGCGGCGGCGCGGGACCCGGCCUGCACCACGCGCUGCAUGAGGACGGCCAUGAGGCGCAGCUGGAGCCGUCGCCGCCGCCGCACCUGGGCGCACACGGACACGCACAUGGACACGCACACGCGGGCGGCCUGCAUGCGGCGGCGGUGCACCUGCACCCAGGCGCGGGAGGCGGCGGCUCGUCUGUGGGCGAGCACUCGGACGAGGACGCACCCAGCUCGGACGACCUGGAGCAGUUCGCCAAGCAGUUCAAGCAGCGGCGCAUCAAGCUGGGCUUCACGCAGGCCGACGUGGGGCUGGCGCUAGGCACGCUAUACGGUAACGUGUUCUCGCAGACCACGAUCUGCCGCUUCGAGGCCCUGCAGCUGAGCUUCAAGAACAUGUGCAAGCUGAAGCCGCUGCUCAACAAGUGGCUGGAGGAGACCGACUCGUCCAGCGGCAGCCCCACCAACCUGGACAAGAUCGCGGCGCAGGGCCGCAAGCGCAAGAAGCGCACGUCCAUCGAAGUGGGGGUCAAAGGCGCGCUCGAAAGCCACUUUCUCAAGUGCCCCAAACCCUCGGCGCACGAGAUCACCGGCCUGGCCGACAGCUUGCAGCUGGAGAAGGAGGUGGUGCGCGUCUGGUUCUGCAACCGGCGGCAGAAGGAAAAGCGCAUGACCCCGGCGGCCGGCGCCGGCCACCCACCCAUGGACGACGUUUAUGCGCCCGGAGAGCUAGGGCCGGGUGGGGCCGGCGCAUCGCCGCCCUCGGCACCCCCGCCGCCCCCACCGGCUGCGCUGCACCACCACCAUCACCACACACUGCCGGGAUCUGUGCAGUGACCCCGCGGGCUGGGCCCCCGCCGGCGAGCGAUGAGGCGCGGGCGCGCAGUCUGUCCGCGCGGCCUGGACUCUUUUUGUUCGGUUGCUUUGGAUUUUACAAAAAGCCUAGAAACUUUCGAACAAAACCAAACGCCGGACUGCCCUCUCCGGCGAGCGGCGAAGACAGCCUAUAAGCUCAGGAGAGAGGAGCAAUGAUCCGGAACGCGCCAACUCACCCCGGGCAUCCUGCCCGACGCCUGCUCCCUGUCCCCAUCCCCUCGACGACCCCCGUCCCUGCUCCCCGGGCUGUUCGGGGCCGGAUCCCGGCAGCGGCCUCCCCACAGCGACAGGUAACGCGGUGCGGGGUUUAGGGAUUCCUUGGGAGAGAGGACGAAAUAAGGAGAGUUCCCCAUUCCCUCUCCCCCGCGCGGACUCCCAAGCCUGCGGGUAAGGGGCGGGGGGCUGUCACUUUAUUCGCUCCACUCCUCAUCUUUCCCCGAAGAUGCGCCUCACCCCCUUUCCCCUUCCUCCGGGCUUGGUUUUUUACGGUUUUUAUUUAUUCGCGGAGCCUCUCGGUUCCUGGAGUCCUUCUAACUCCGCCCGCGCCCUUAAUUUAAAUCGCUGUAUACUGUAUUUAUCGGGGCCCCAGAGGGGAGGCCGCGAGAGCCGCGUCUGUGUAUAAAGCAGGAAAUAGCCAAAGCUUUAAUCUAGCCUAAUUUAUUUUCCCCUUACCUUCUCCUACCCAACCCCCCUUAAAAAAAAAAAAAAAAGGCAAAAAAAAAAAAAUUGCAACUAACAAAACCCUUCGAGUGUUCAUUUUUCGUUUCGUUUUAUCCGAGCCCCGGCUCGGUUCCGGGCCACGCCGGAGGGGUCUGCUCUCCCACACACUGCUAGCUGCAGACAGACCACCGCACAGCAGGGCUCCCACACCCCGCGGGACCCUGCCUGCCUGGCCACUAACAACCGAAACUUGGAAAAGUUGGAGAUAUUUUUUAACCAGCUGUAGAAAUAAGCUGUUCCCUGAGAUCCUUCUGGUAGACUCCCUGCAGCUUGUCUCAGCACCCUUUCCCGGCCACUGACCCCCUAGGGUGUGGGAUGCUGGGGGGGAGGCUGGGAGAGAAAUCCCCCAAGUUUGGGGGGAACCAUGUAAAUAUAUGAGAUAAUGUACACACUGGUGGGGAGAAGAACAUUUUGUGCUUGAUUUUUUUUUAUUUUUGGUUUUUCUGGGUUGCCCCUCCACACCAUCCCAAAAGAUUUUGUACACCACUAAACCGCAAAAGAUAUUUUAAUGAUUUCUGGAUUUCUGACCCAUCGCUAUUUAUUUUCUGGAUGUGUUUGGAGCUUCCCCCCUCUUUCUCCAUUUCUUGUUCAGUUUGUUACCGUUGGAAUUUAAAUUUUGUUAUUUUAUUUUUGUUAUUUUUUGGAACAAUGUUUUGGUGCAUUCUCUUUGUAUCUUUAUUGCAAAAAAAAAAAAUGUAGACUGGGAAGUUCUCUUUAUAUUUAUGUUAUAGUAAAUAU